AUGGUUGAGGUCCUGGAUCCUUCUCAGAGCGAAACAAAGGCCAGCACUCGAAGACGGCGCGGCAGGGCUUGUAUUACUUGCAAAAUCAGGCGUGUCCGUUGCGAUUACGGCCGGCCAUCCUGUAACCGCUGUCUAAGCACAGGCCGCAAAUGCGAUGGUUACCCAUCACCCCAGGGAGGAAGACAAGAUCCGCCUCCCAUCGGUGUCCUGCUGGUGCUCGGCGCUCCUAUGCCCGCACUAUGCGAACAUGAAGCCUGGACGUCAUUGAGAUUCUUCGUUCAAGUUUGUGCCCCGGCGAUGCUGAACUACGGAAGCCACCGUUUCUGGAACGAGCUUGUGCUGCAAGCCUGCGGUAUCGACCAGAGCAUCAAGCAUCUCACCAUCGCAGCGUCCAGACUGGGGUCGCAUCGACUGCGUCAGCCGUGUAAGCCACCGUUCGAACAGGAUGUCGUCUUCCUCGAGCACUACGGCAGAGCGCUAAAGCUACUCAGCCAAACCCAAAACCCAGAUCCGGGAUUCCUGCUCAUGGCCUGCCUCCUCCUAGUCCUGUGCGACGAAUACAGGGAGAAUUCAUUCGCGGCCAUCCAGCAUCUCAUCGCCGGCCGCAAAAUCCUUAAUACUUACCGGUCGGCCGCGGCAUCGUCAUCAACCCAGCGCACCGGUGACAACACGGCCAUCACGGAACUCGAGCAGAUCUUCUCCAUGCUGGAGUUACAUACCAGCGAGCUCCACCAGAUCGCCCGACCGCAGGCGAUGACCUGGUGGUCUCCGCACUGCAAAACAGAAGCCGCUGCUGUUGCAGAGAACAUUGUGCUCUACCCACAAGUCGACCCGACACAGCUCUGGGGCCGCAUUGACGCCGCCACACGGGCAUUGCAGGAUCUGGCCUUUGAAUGCACGGCGCUGCGACUCGACGGGCCUCCACCACAGACGAGGUUCCAGGUCGUGCCGGACAUGACGGACAAACUCAACGCGUGGCUCGCGCAGCUGACGGCCCUUGAAUUCGACCCGACCGCCACCCACCACCACCACCUCAGCACCGAGAUGCUCGCGGACCUGCACCUCCUGCGGACGUACCACCUGUGCCUGCACGUGCUGUCGCGGUGCGGCCCCUUCAGGCAGGAAGUGGCGUUUGAUGCGUACGCCGGCACGAUCGAGCACGUCGUGGUGAGCUGCGGCCUGCUCAUCCGGCGGCCGCGACGGGCGCGACUCGUGCCCAUCCUAUUCUUCGUGGCCACGCGGUACCGCAACGCCAGCUUCCGCCGCCGCGCCAUCUGCAUGCUCCGCCAGUGCGGCCUGGACGGCCAGAUGCUGGCCCGGAUCGCCGUGCGCGUCGUCCGCAUCGAGGAGGACGGCCUCGCCUCUCUGAUAGUGGGCUCCGACGUGCCCGAGCAACACCGCAUCAGGCUCCGCGACAUCGUCUUUGACCGCGCUGGCUCCGGCGCCUAUCUUCUCCGCUUCACCCGCCAUCCUUACUAUGCCACCUGCGACGUUGAUAACAAGGACAGUCCCGCCGACACCGUCCCGUUGGAACAUACCGCCCUUGCCAGCCAGGCGUGCGUCUGGACCGCCCCGCCCCCAACAUCUGCACAUGCGACCACACUCCUCGAAGCCGCUCUCCGAUUCGACUUUAUGGCGUUUUGGAACCAAGAGGACCCGGAAUCCGCCGCCUAG